AUGAUCUCCGCCGUGUCGAGCCCGUGGCUCACGCAGCUCUCGCAUUUCUGCGACGUCGCAGCCUUCACGGCCAGCAGCCUGAGCAGCCUGGGGGCCGCGGGGGGCUUCCCGGGCGCCGCGUCCCCGGGCGCCGCCGACCCGUUCGGGACGCGCGAAGCCCCGCGCUACGACCCGUGCGCCGCAGCCACCGCAGCCGCUCCGGGCGGACCCCCGGGGCCCGCGGGCCCACCGUCGCACGCCUACCCGUUCGUGCCGGCCGCGGGGGCCGCCAGCAGCGCCGCCAACGAGCCCGAGGGCCCCGGGGCUAGUUGCGCGGCCGCCGCCAAGGCGCCGGUGAAGAAGAACGCCAAGGUGGCCAGCGUGAGCGUGCAGCUGGAGAUGAAGGCGCUCUGGGACGAGUUCAACCAGCUGGGCACCGAGAUGAUCGUCACCAAGGCCGGCAGACGUAUGUUCCCCACGUUCCAAGUGAAGCUCUUCGGCAUGGACCCCAUGGCCGAUUACAUGCUCCUCAUGGAUUUUGUGCCUGUGGAUGACAAGCGCUAUCGAUACGCUUUCCACAGCUCCUCCUGGCUGGUGGCUGGUAAGGCUGACCCUGCCACACCCGGCCGGGUACACUAUCACCCCGACUCACCCGCCAAGGGGGCCCAGUGGAUGAAGCAGAUUGUGUCUUUCGACAAGCUCAAGCUGACUAACAAUCUGCUGGACGACAAUGGCCAUAUCAUUCUCAACUCCAUGCACAGAUACCAGCCUCGGUUCCACGUCGUCUACGUGGACCCUCGCAAAGACAGCGAGAAAUAUGCAGAGGAGAACUUCAAAACCUUCGUAUUCGAAGAGACGAGAUUUACCGCUGUCACCGCCUACCAGAACCACCGGAUCACGCAGCUCAAGAUCGCCAGCAACCCUUUCGCCAAAGGCUUCCGAGACUGCGACCCGGAGGACUGGCCCCGAAAUCACCGGCCCGGGGCGCUGCCCCUCAUGAGCGCCUUCGCGCGCUCGCGCAACCCCGUGGCCUCCCCGACGCAGCCCAACGGAGCGGACAAAGAUGCUGCCGAAGCCCGGCGGGAAUUCGAGCGCGACGCCCCGGGAGGAGGCCCGGCCUUGCUGGGGGACCCGCCGCACCACCCACCGCAGCUGCUGGCCCGCGUGCUGAGCCCCGCGCUGCCCGGAGCGCCCGGCGCCGGCGGCGGUCUGGUCCCGCUACCCGGCGCGGCUGUGGCUGCUGCAGGCCGGCCCAGUCCCCCGCACCCCGAAUUGCGCCUGGAGGCACCUGGCGCGUCUGAGCCGCUGCAUCACCAUCCCUACAAGUACCCGGCCACCGCCUACGACCACUACCUCGGGGCCAAGAGCCGGCCGGCUCCCUAUCCGCUGCCCGGCCUGCGUGGCCACGGCUACCACCCGCACGCCCAUGCCCAUCCGCAUCACCAUCACCACCCGGCCGUGAGUCCCGCAGCCGCGGCCGCUGCUGCCGCCGCUGCAGCCGCAGCUGCCGCCAACAUGUACUCGUCGGCCGGAGCUCCACCGCCGGGCACCUACGACUACUGCCCGAGAUAA